AUGCCUUCGAUCACCUCCCCGUCUGCUCCCCCGGCCAUCUUUAGCCACCGCCGUAUGCCCUUAAGCCAGGAAUAUCAUGUCAUGGACCGGUAUGCCGGACACGCUUCCCGCUGCAGAGUCUGUGCAAACCCAGUAGAGGCCAUCACACAGGGAAGGAACCUAUGUGACCGUGGUAUUCGACAUGCACACAACUUCAUUCUCUGUAUUCGGAGCCUUGAGGGUAAAGCAUAUGCCGCCGCCGACAUCGAGUUCACACCGAAGGAGAUAGACAUCCCACCUCAGUUCAGCGUUGUCAGUGACCUUCUUCGUGCCCUUGACCUAGGUCUCCUAGCCAAACUUCAGAAACCACAGCCAGUAGUUAUCAACACUACCAACAACACCCGCAGCUCCCGAGAAGACAACGUUCCAUCCAGUCCUGCCUCCCCGUCCACCUCACUACCCGAGCGUUCAAGUAGCACGGUCGUGGUUGUAUCCUCCCGCAAGGGCAAAGAGACGUCUCGUGAUGAUCUUUCCUUUUCUCGUCGUGGAACUCUCUAUCCUGACGAGACCACUGGCCAGCUUGUCACUCGUACAUACCACUCCACGUCUUCUAAGUCAGGAAUCCGAGUCCCAUCUACAUACCUAUCGUGA